UAAGAGCCCAUGAUGAUGAUCUGUAUAGAUUUCCCACUUUCCAUCUUCUCUCUCUUCUUCACUUGUUUCUCUACUUUGGAGUUGUUUGUAAUUGUACCCCUCUAAUCUUCAUCUCCAUACCAUGUAAACCGCACCAUUUUUCCUCUUUUUCUCUCUCCAAAACCACCAAUUAAAUCCCAAAAUUCCCAUCUUUCAUCACAACCCAUUUCAUAAUUCAUAUGGAAGAUGAAAAACCAUUACUGAGUACAAUAUUUAACCCUACAACCUUAAUUAAACGACCAACAUGGGCGUUUCUUUUAUUAUCUUUCACAACUCUUGCCGUUUUUUUCCUCCCUUUCACCACAAAAACGUUUUCUUCUCCUCCUUCUUCAUGGGCCCAUUCACGGCCCGACCCGAAAACUUGUUCUGGGUUCUUCCAUGUGGGUCCCCCAAGGAAGUUUUUCAUGUCCAUCACUGAAUUCGGCGGUGUCGGUGAUGGAGAAACGUCGAAUACAUUUGCGUUUCGAAACGCUGUUGAGUUUAUGAAACGUUUUGAGAAUAAAGGUGGGUCCCAGUUAAAUGUUCCUAAAGGAAGAUGGGUUACUGGAAGCUUCAAUCUUACUAGCAAUUUCACACUUUUUCUUGAAGAGGGUGCUGUUAUUUUGGGCUCUCAGGACCCAAAGGAGUGGCCGAUCAUUGCGCCUUUGCCAUCUUAUGGAAGAGGGAGAGAGAGAUUAGGUGGCAGACAUAUUAGUCUCGUACAUGGAAACUCCAUCAGCAAUGUUGUCAUUACAGGACGAAAUGGGACAAUUGAUGGACGAGGGAAAAUGUGGUGGGAUCUAUGGUGGAACAGAACACUGGAACAUACCAGAGGCCAUCUUGUAGAGCUUGUUAAUUCACACAAUAUCCUGAUUUACAAUCUCACUUUUCGAAACUCUCCAUUUUGGACCAUUCAUCCUGUGUACUGCAGGAAUGUCGUGAUCAGGAAGAUGACAAUAUUGGCUCCUCUAAAUGCCCCAAAUACAGAUGGUAUAGACCCAGAUUCAAGCACGGAAGUAUGCAUUGAAGACUGUUACAUUGAGAGCGGGGAUGAUCUUGUGGCCGUGAAGAGUGGGUGGGACCAGUAUGGUAUUGCCAUGGCACGUCCCAGUUCAAACAUAAUUGUGAGAAGAAUUUCUGGCACAACUCCGACAUGCUCUGGUGUUGGCAUAGGUAGUGAGAUGUCUGGUGGGAUAUCCAACAUAACAAUAGACGAUAUUCAUGUCUGGAAUUCAGCAGCUGGGGUCCGGAUUAAAACUGAUGCUGGACGAGGAGGUUACAUAGCAAAUAUCUCGAUAUCUAACCUGAGAUUGGAGAGAGUAAAAAUACCCAUUAAGUUUAGUAGGGGUGCAAAUGAUCACCCUGAUGAGAAGUGGGAUCCAAAGGCCGUGCCCAAAGUUGGUAGGGUGUUUAUAAGUAAUGUAGUUAGCUUGAACUCGAAGAGAGCACCUGAAAUACUCGGUAUCGAGGGUUCACCCUAUGAAGGUAUAUGCAUGAGAAACGUGAAUAUUUCUGGCCUACCUGCAUCAACUACAUGGCAUUGUGAACAUGUAUCGGGUUUUGCAACCAAUGUAUAUCCACCUGCAUGCCCUGAGUUAUAUGUUGAUAGUUUUUCAUCAUCGUGCGGGCUCUCAUAAAUGUCAUCAUACUUCACAAAUGUGUGUGACUUGAACCAUUUUCCUGCUGUUGAUCUGAAAAGGAUCAAUGUGCCGAGAAUCUAAGAUGGUCGAAAUUGAGCUUGAAGACAUCGUUUGAUAUUAUCGUAAGGGUUUAUUUUGGGCUGAUUCGACAUCACUCAGCAACUUCCAAGCCAAUUGAGCGGGCUUUCCUAACACUAGAAACCCUAUCAUUCUGAUGGCCGAUUGGUACCAUUUUUCUGCCUGGUGCAUUAUGUAUGAUUACUAAUGUAUGAUUCUUUCAACCAUUCUUUGCAUGUUUCUUUCGAUAAUUGUGGAACAUUUUGCCAUCCCUUGAAGAGGGUUUGAUUAAUAUACAUGUACAUUUGGAGAGUAA